UUUAUUCUGCACUCCUCUUGCUCUCCAUGCUCCACAUCCUCUUAGCCUCAAUGACUCCUCCCUCAUUAUAUUUAUUAUACACAGAUGGAAAAAAAAAGGUAAUUAUCAGCAGAAAUUAAACUAGUAGAUCACUACACUACCAACACAAGCAUAAAUCCUUCCAUGCCUUUUGUCUUUGAUGCAAAUAAACCUUUUGGUUCUCCAUUCCAUCCCCCUCCACCCCUUUCCCAUUUCCUGCAACCUUUCUCUCUGCUUAAUCCAAACCCAACUCUAAAACUGAACAGGAUGAAGAAGAAGAAGUUCAGUUCUUCCACCCAUUUCUGAAGUAAAGUCGCCAUCUUUAGCUCAAACAUAUAAUGCAAGUUCAAAGAGCCUUCAUGGAAGCCAGCUCAAUGGCUUCUUCACCACCUGAUCUUUCUCUCCACAUUAGUCUCCCUAACAGCAACCCCUCCCUUCGCGACGCAGGCACGGGUGUCGCCGAUGCCCACACCGAGCUUUCCCUCGCAAGCCCGCCGUCGAGGCUGUGGAGAAGGCAAAGUCGAGACCUUUCCCCCGAUGACGGCACGAGGCCGAUAAAAGGGAUACCAAUUUACAACAGCAACAACAGCAGCAAUAACCACCCCUUUAAUUUUCUCACACAGAUGCCUUCUUCUUAUCAUUCCAGUUGGCCGGCGGCCAUCGAAAUGCCGCCAGGAUUCUUGAGUACGGUAGGGGGGGGGGGGGCGGCGGGGCCGCCGCCACCUGGUGCACCUUACCCUCAUGGUUUUGUCGGGGGGCCAUUGGGAAGGUUCAACUCGAUGCCUGCAAAUUCGGCUAAGUUUUAUAACCAGAGCUAUGAUUAUCAUCAACUAUUUCAUCAUCACCAUCAUCAUCAACAACAACAACAACAAUUUGGGUUCGGUGGAUUUGAGGCGCCAGGUAGCUUGAUGAGAUCUCGGCUCAUGUCGAAGAUCACGACGAAGAGAAGCAUGAGGGCUCCGAGGAUGAGGUGGACGAGCACACUCCAUGCUCGGUUUGUUCAUGCUGUCGAGCUCCUCGGCGGCCAUGAGAGAGCUACACCAAAGUCAGUUCUUGAGCUUAUGGAUGUGAAGGAUCUCACUCUAGCGCAUGUGAAGAGCCAUUUACAGAUGUAUAGAACUGUGAAGACCACUGACAAGGCUGCAGCUUCCUCAGGCCAAUCAGACGGCUCUGGAGAUGAAGAUCCCAACUUUCGACGGCUGUUGGACAACAGAGGAGCUCAUGACACUGACUCUGCUUCAAAAUGGACAAAUUCAUCAAGCAGAGGAGCUUGGCUGCAUUCAAAUGCAAGUGAAAUGGAAGAUCUUAGACCAGCGAACUUCUCAUCUGAAGCUGAUUGUAAUGUGACUUCAUCACCAACUGAUUCACCAAGGUCGCUCAAGGAAUUUGAAAACCCUAGCUUGGAAUUUACACUUGGAAGGCCAGAUUGGCAUAGCUCAGAGCAUGAUUAAUUAGCUCAUAGUUGUGUAAUUUAGCCCUCUUGUUUUUUUUUUCCCCCUUAGACUUUAUUUAAUUAGUUGCAAAUAGAGAAAUGUAAAAGAGAUGAUCGCAAAUACGUCAAAAUUAACUCUGAUAUCAAUUGCAUGUUGCAUGAGUCUAAAAUUUCAUAUUGGCCCUUGACUUUUCUAUAUAUUCCACUUUAAUUAUGGGUGAAAUACGUGUGUGAUAAUGGAGUUUAUUGUACUGGGCUUGCUGGUAUGAGUGUGGGUGUUUGUAUUUGAGAGAGAAGAAUGUGAUUUUAAUUAGCUCUCCAUAGGAAUUCAA